AGAACAAUUUAAAAAGCCGGACAUAAAUGGGCUCAAACUUUACAGGUACGAUGUUUGAGGAGUAUAUAUAAUGCAAAACCCUAAACAAGCCGCUCGUACUAGUUGCUCUCCAAUUCUCCAAGGCUUCUGUUGCCUCUUUCUUCGUCUUGAGCGUUCUCAGAAACAAUAAUGGCUCCCAAAUCCCAGACGCGUCUAGUAGACCAGCCACCAUCUGCAUCUUCAUCUGAAGACGAGGAAGAAUCCGACCCGGAAGAAGAAACCCAAAACUCUGAAGAAGAAUCCGAGGAAGAAGAUGAAGAAGCCCCUGAACAAGCACCCAAAAAGGCACCGGAGCAACCACCCAAAAGGGCCCCUUCGCCGCCGCUAUUGUCGAAGAAGCCCACCGUUCAAAAGCCACAAUCUUCCUCCGGAUCCGAAUCUGAAUCCGACGAAGAGGGCUCGGAUUCUUCUCAACACACCGAACCCUCGCAUUCCGUUUCGGACUUCACAAUCAAAACUAACCUCCCUUCUAAUGCCCCUCCGGCCUCAAAGCCCCCGGCAAAGCGGCCGAUGGAGACCCCUGUAAGAGAGUCGGCGAAGAAGAAACUCAAGUCCGGGGAAGAAGAUGGGAAUGCGGAGGAGAAGAAGGUUCCAGGUUCGGCUUCUGCCGGGUUUAACAGGGUGUGGAACGAGGACGAUGAAAUUGCUGUUCUAGAAGGUAUGAUUGAUUACAAGAACCAAAAAGGGGCUGACCCUUCUGCUGAUUUGUCUGCUUUCCAUGAAUUUAUUAAGGGGAAAUUACAGGCUGAUAUUUCCAGAACUCAGAUGUAUGAGAAAAUUAGGAGAUUUAGAAAGAAGUUCUUUACCAAUAUAGAAAGAGGGGAUACCCCAGAUUUCAAUAAGCCUCAUGAUUACAAGACUUUUGAGGUCUCAAAAAAGGUUUGGGGCAGUAGUGGAGUUAGCAAUGGUGUAAAUGAGAACACGAAAAGCUCUAAUGUGAAAGCGAAGAGGGCUGCUGAAAUUAAGAAGAUUAGUGAGCCAAAGAAGGGUGCUAAAGUUAGUGACUUUGAUGUAACCAAGGAAGAAGAAAAGGAGAAACCGAAUGUUACCAAAGACAAGGAUACUGGGAUUUCUUUGAAAGAUGAAGGGGAUUUCAAAUCUAAGUAUCCACGCCUAGUUCAAUCCUUCAAUAAAGCAAAUAUGCCUAAGUUAUCAGAAGAGGCACUUGCAAUUAUUCAGGAAAAUUUGAGUUUGAUAGGGAGUUCCAAAGCAGAAGAGUUUGAGGAGCAGUGGACCAAAAUACUGAAGGAAGAGGCUGAACUAUUCUUGAAGAUGACAGAUUUGAUGGGGGAACAGAUCAAAUUGAUCGUCGAGACUAUAAAGAGGUAAAUGCUGAAGCUGAAGCUUUAUGUAUUAUGGCUAGCUAUAUAGAUGUUUCUGCAGGGUGAAUUUUGAGCUUUAGAUAUUUUGAUUUAGUUCUCUGCUCUAGAAACACAAACCUGUUUUGUUGAUGAUGAUUAGUGUCAUAGGGCGGAUUGUGUUUUGUUGUAAGCUUUUUGCUUUAGAAGUCCACUUUUACAUUUUCCUUUCUAUUUCCAUAUUCAUAUGCUAAUUAUAUUCUUGAAAACUUUAUUGUUAUUAUGUUAUAAAAGGCCUAUUCUUAG